UCGGGUAAUACGGCGGAAGUAAACAGUCCGGUUGUUGCUUAAUUCACAGCUUUACGCGAGGGCCUAUUCAAAACCCAAUAGUGUAUGAACAGUGUAAUAAACACUACUAAAUGUAGUAGUGAAACCUUACAUUAGAAAACGAUGUCAACAGCAAUGAACUUCGGAACCAAGACCUUCCGACAGCGUCCACCGGACAAAGGAGCGUUUCCCUUGGAUCAUUUCGGUGAAUGUAAAUCAUUUAAAGAGACAUAUAUGCGAUGCCUUAGAGACAACCAUUUUGACAGUUCGCAUUGUCGGGUAGAGACAAAGGAGUAUCUGGAGUGCAGGAUGGACAGACAGUUAAUGGCAAAGGAACCCUUUGAAAAACUUGGCUUUAAGGACUUGAUGGAGGAAUCAGACGAAGAAAAUAAAGCCAAACUCUGACAAAGUAUAAUUCGGGCUGAUGUUCACAUUUUGUUAAACAAACAAUGUGUUUGAGGGGACACAGGCAGUGUUCGAAUUGUGUUAAAGCUCUUGGGUUGCCCCCAUGCCCCCUUUAAAAAAUAAAAAAUAAAA